AUGGAUCCUUGGUUGGGCCCGGCGAACGCCACCAAAUCGAGAACCGGGGAGAUUCUCGUCGGCAACAUCGUCCCGCAAGCCGUCGCUUCCACAUUUGUCAUCGCAAGGAUAAUCUCCAAAGCCUUCAUACGCCGCAAAUGGGGCGCCGAUGACACCAUGCUCUGCAUCGCAUGGUCCACCUCCCUCGUCCUCACCACCCUCUCCUGCGUCCUCACCAACUACGGCGCCGGCAUCCACGCCUCGGAGCUCCCCCCCUGGGCGCUCAGCACCAACCUCAAGCUGCAAUACGCCUCCCUCCUCUUCUACAUCCUCACCCUCUCCCUCACCAAACUCACCAUCUGCCUCUUCUACCUCUCCAUCUUCGCCGACCCGCUCAACCGCCGCCUCGCCCUCGCCCUCCUCGCCUUCAUCGUCGCCUACACCCUCCCCCUCCUCCUCCUCUCCAUCUUCCAAUGCGCCCCCAUCGCCGCCAACUGGGACAAGCAAAUCGCCUCCUCCCCGCACACCCGCUGCCUCCCCAUGCGCCCCCACUUCUGGGCCUGCGCCGCCUGCAACAUCCUCGCCGACGCCCUCCUCGCCGCCCAGGUCGUCCCCAACAUCCUGCCGCUGCAGCUCCCCCGCCGCCAGAAGGCCGCCCUGCUCGCCGUCGUCUCCCUCGGCUGGCUCGUCGUCCUCGCCAGCGUCAUCCGCCUCGUCCGCAUCACCGCCAUCCCCGCGGCUACCACCGCCGCCGCUGGUGGCGACUUCACGUGGGCGAGCUACGACGUCACGAUCUGGUCGGCCGUCGAGGUCGAUACGGGAUUGGUGUGCGUCGCGGCGCCGGCGACGAAGCCGUUGGUGAAGAGGUUGGCGCCGGGGCUGUGGAGGGCGUUGGCGAGGGGGGAGGGGGGGGAUGCCGAUGGUGGGGCGGGGAUGCGGUUGGGGAAUUUGGAGGCGGUGACGGGCGGGGAUGCGGGGAGGAGGGGGGAGGAGGGGGAGGAGGAGGAGCGGCGGGCGGCGAAGGCGGCGGGGGAUGGUGGGGGUGAAGGUGUGUCGGCGGGGUGGGGGUAUGUGGGAGGGAUGGUGAGGUCGUUGUCGGGGAAGAGGGCGAAGAGGGGCUCGCUGGCGAGUACGAGCAGUGCGGGUAGUGCGGGCAGUGCGGGUAUGGGGGAGAUUGUGAAGGAGGUGGAUGUGAGGGUGGAGACGGCGGAGCGCGAUUUGGAGCUGGGCUCGUCGCCGAGGGUCGGUCUGGCGGGUUGGCGGAGCAGUUGGAGACCGGUUUUUAUGACGAAACUGUAA